AUAAAUAGAGGGUUUCUGCCUCUCUUAGCUCAGUAUAACUUGAAGACGGUCAUAGUGUAGAAGAGUGUCAGGCAAAAUGGUAGUGAUUCCGAAAAUAACACUCAAUAAUGGGACCCAAAUGCCGGUUUUGGGGCUUGGAACUUAUCGGGGCAAAUCUGAUGAAGUUUACAAUGCGGUGAAAUACGCUAUUGAAAUAGGAUAUCGUCACAUCGAUACUGCGUAUUAUUACGACAAUGAGGUUGAGGUUGGAAAAGCGAUUAGAGAGAAAAUUGACCAAGGUUUGGUGAAACGGGAAGAUAUCUACUUGGUUACGAAGUUGGCAUCGAUUCAUCACGAACCGUCAGUCGUUGAGUAUGGAUGUCGGACAUCCUUGGAGAGUUUGGGACUAGAUUACAUUGAUCUAUAUCUGAUCCAUUUCCCAGUUGGUGUUGAUUCCCCUGAUCGUAAGACGCAUGCAGUAGACGAAAAGGGCAAUGUGAAAUAUAACGAUGUAGACUAUGUGGACACGUGGAGGGCAAUGGAGAAAUUGGUUGAAAAGGGUCUAGUGAAGAGCAUUGGACUUUCAAACUUCAAUAGCGAGCAAACGAAGCGAAUUUUGGAUAUUUGUAAAAUUAAACCAGUUACAAAUCAAGUGGAAUGCCAUAUCGAACUGAACCAAAAGAAGCUCAUAGAGUUCAGCAAAAAACAUGAUAUAGUCAUCACCGCCUACUGUCCUUUAGCUCGUCCAAAGCCUGCAGAGAAAAAACCGGCAUUUCUUUUCAGUGACAAGCUUAUCGCAAUUUCCAAAAAAUACAACAAAACUCCAACCCAAAUUGCGUUGAGAUAUUUGAUACAAAUUGGCACAGUACCAAUCCCCAAAUCAGUAACCAAUACGAGAAUUGCGGAAAAUAUAGAUUUAUUCGACUUUGAAUUAUCCGCAGAUGAUAUGAGUGUAUUGGAUUCUUUGAACACAGGACAAAGGAUCUGUAAAUUCGAGUCUUCUGCAAAUCAUAAAUAUUAUCCACUUUCUAUUGAGUUUUGAAUUGUUCUGUUCAAGAUACCAAGGAAAUCUUUAAAAAUUAACUUUGUUAUUUGAAUGUUGAAAAAAGGAUAAUUGUGUUGAUUAAAUACUUUCUAUUGUUUUAA